AUGCUACUUCAUAAACCGCCCAACAAAGGUUCCUCGUCAACGGAGGCAACGCUACAAUCACUAUACAACCGUGCGGCGAGAGCAUUCCUUCACCGAGACGUCGCAAUCACGUUCACAUUGUUAAGCGCUGCAUUCGCGCUCCUUCCACCUCCUCUCACGCCCUCACCUGAUUCCCUAGAUGUCCACCGGAGAAAGUGGGACAUCCUUCGCAUUACCCUCGAGACCACCGUUUUCUCUUCUACUCCAGACCUCGCUGAUUUACCACAACCACUCCGAGAAACCCUACUCUUACCUCCUCAGUCAUUUCUUUCCACUUUGUAUGCUCGAUCUCUUAUUUUAUUUACUCCUUCAUCACUGUAUCGAAAACCUAGUUCCGCAUUCCUACCUCACCAAGUCGUCAUCACGCUCGUCGCGUCCAGCAUCAAGAUAGAUUGCCCAAAUAUUGGUCGCGAGAUCACAGAGGACUGGUUGUCGAAACGCGGUCAAUGUGAUUUUGUACCUUCCACAGGUGAACCCUAUCACAAAGUUCUAGAACUCUACUGCUUGCAUGUCUUGCCUCGUUUGGGCGAGUGGGAAUAUGUAAAAGAAUUUCUGUCAUACGAGAAUGAACUCUCAUCUGAUAAAAGACGCGAACUUUACUUGGCCCUCGAGGUUCAACAUGCUGAAGCGCUAGAGUAUAAAAAGCGGGAAACGCCAAAACGUGAGAUUCCUCCCUCCCCUACACCAAUACCUCCACUCCGUUCUCUAUCCCCAGCAUCUUCUUCCUCCUCCCUAUCCACCACAUCCACCCGCACCGCAGUCCCAGCAUCCCCCCGUCCAAAACUUACCCGCCAACAAUCCGCGUGUUCCACCUCUGCAGUUUCAGAUGUCACGGUAACCAGAUCCCCUCGCCACCGCCACAACCAAAGCAUGCCCCGAGGAAGUUCAAGCACCAGUGGCGUUUACAUCUCCCGCCUUCCACCAGUCGACCACAGUCUCGCAACUGUACAGCCCCCAACCUCCCUGGCACUCAUCCGAUCUUAUUUCAACCACUAUUUCACCACAACCAGACUAGCAGCUCUAUCGAUUUUGUUCUUCCUAAUUCCCUUUCUGUCUCUGAUUCUCAGGAGGAGGCGGCGCUUGGAGACACCUGCAGACCUGGUACGGAGGAGGUUAUUGGAAGCUCGUGGCGAUUCGAUUGUGAGAAGGUUAUGGAAUGAGUUAGUGAGGGCAAUUUUGGAUACUGUUAGGAUGGGUGGUGGUGGACUUGUAUGA